GGGGGGAAGCGGGGGGUGGGGGGUGUAGAAUUUUUUUUUUCCCCCACCCAAAAAGACAAGCACAUCAUCCUGCAAACAAACCAUGGUGCUGGGAAAGGUGAAGAGUUUUGCAAUAAGCUACGACUGUCCUAACGAGAAUAAUAUCCCCGUGUUUGCCAGUGGAGACUCGGUCUCUGGACGGGUUAUCAUAGAAGUUACUGGUGAAAUCAGGGUCAGAUCUCUGAAGAUCCACGCGAGAGGACACGCGAAAGUCCGUUGGACAGAGUCGAGAAACGCCGGUUCCAAUACCGCCUACACUCAGAAUUACACCGAAGAAGUAGAGUAUUUCAACCACAAAGACCUGUUAAUCGGACACGAAAGAGAUGAUGAUAAUUCAGAAGAAGACCUCACCACUAUCCAUUCAGGCAGACAUGAAUACCCCUUCAGCUUUGAGCUUCCACAGACACCACUAGCUACCUCCUUUGAAGGCAAAUAUGGCAGCGUGCGUUAUUGGGUGAAAGCCGAACUGCACAGGCCAUGGAUGCUGGUCAUGAAAAUGAAGAAAGAAUUUACAGUCUUUGAACACAUUGACAUUAACACUCCAUUGUUGCUGUCACCACAGGCAGGCACAAAAGAGAAAACUCUUUGUUGCUGGUUCUGCUCCUCAGGCCCAAUAUCCCUAAGUGCCAAAAUCGAACGGAAGGGCUACACACCAGGUGAAUCAAUUCACAUAUUUGCUGAAAUUGAGAAUUGUUCUUCCCGCAUGGUAGUGCCAAAGGCAGCCAUUUACCAAACACAGACUUUCUACGCCAAAGGCAAAAUGAAGGAAGUGAAACAACUUGUAGCCAACUUACGAGGAGAAUCCCUGUCAUCUGGAAAAACAGAAAGUUGGAAUGGAAAACUACUGAAGAUUCCACCAGUGUCUCCCUCGAUCAUAGACUGCAGUAUAAUCCAUGUGGAAUACUCGUUGAUGGUGUACGUAGAUAUCCCUGGAGCGAUGAAUUUAUUCCUUAAUUUACCACUAGUUAUUGGUACGAUCCCCUUGCAUCCCUUCGGUAGUCGGACAUCCAGCGUUAGCAGCCAGUGUAGCAUGAACUUGAACUGGUUAAGCCUCGCACUGCCUGAAAUACCCGAAGCACCGCCCAGCUAUGCAGAAAUUGUGUCAGAACAGCAACGACGGCACAAUCUAGUUUCUGCAGCGGUACGAGAUGAAUUAGAAAGAGUGUUUGAGGGACCAUUGUUCGCCUACAUCCAGGAGUUUAGAUACCAGCCUCCACCAGUAUAUUCAGAGGUUGAUCCUAAUCCCGAUCAGUCGAACCAGAAUAGAGAGGUGAGACCCUGUUCCUCCCGCUGAUGGACUUUCAAGUAACUUUGAAGACUGUUCUUUUGCGAGGGUUUUAAAAUGCUUCACUGCACUGUUGAGGACACAAGGACUGUGUCUAGACUCAACUGUUAAGAGGAAAGCCAGUGAUGCUAUAGCAAAACAAUGGACGGACAGAGAAAGGCUUUGCUAAUCAAAUCCAAACCCUGUGGCCUAGACAGAAGGCUGCUGAAGAUGCCUGAAGAAACCGUUAACUUUUUCAUGUGGCACAUGAGAGAAGCAGCCAAAGCAGAGAAUGGCCUCAAUGUGUCAAGACGUUCACACCAUUCUACUGGGGGAAUCUCAUCCCCCUUUAAUCUGAAAUUUGCACAUAUUAUUCAGUGCUUGUGUUGCGCUUCAUAUUCCAUUCAGUCUCUACAGCUAUUUUAUUUUUGUUGUGGUGGAUUGCAGGCCCCAGGCUUCAAACUGGUGAUAGUGUCUGAGGUCUGCAUAGUUAAACGAUCAAGUCAGCAGUGUACGAUAAAACUGACAAAAUGCACUGAUGUUACACAGCCUGGACUGUACCUGCUUUGCACGUGCUCAGUAUUGUCUUCUCAGGCUGGCCUUGCAACACUGACCUUCAGCUCAGACCUAAUUGUGGCUUCUUUUAAAACAUCAAAUGCCUUCAAGCCAAUAUUUGUUGCUGUUUGUUCUUUUGCAGCCCUAUUGUAGUAGAAUAGCAGCAGAUCAAAAACCUGGAAUGAAGCUACAGGGAAGAGUGGUUUCAUUUCAAUGUUUCGAGACUGUGCAUUUUGUUGUUUGGUCUUUCUUGCCUUUCUACUAUGAAAACCGAGUAGCUUUGUGUUUCAGACCUGCCUAAAACACUCAAUCUCAGGUGAAAUUGUCACUUGCCAAACUGUUGGUAUUCUUUCCUUUUUUUUUAUUGCACUGUUAUAAAAUGAGGGUUGCUCGCAAAAUUCAGAUGGACUUAGAAUUCCCUUUUUUAUUCCUUGCUCUUCCCCCACUCCCAUCCCCUCAAUCCUUAUAUUUUGACUGUAAAAUUCAACUUGGCAUUAAUGAGGCAUUAUUUGUGUAUUUGUAUUUUGAUGUCUUUGGUGACUCUAUUUUAACUUGUUCUUUGUGAACUGGGCCAAAAGUGGUUGGCAGAUUCCCACAAAAGAAAUUAGCAGUUUCAGAAAUUUGUAAAGAGUCAAAAAGGGCUUAAAGAUUUUGUUCCAUACUGGGCGUUUACCUGUUUCACCGAGGUCAGUGCUCGCAGGACCAGUAACAAGCUUUUCUGUCGUGAAACCGAGCCAAACUCUUCCAGUCAAAUCAGUCACACGACUGAGUACAAGUGGUCUUAUUCCACGAGUGGCCUUUAUUUUUUUUAAAGAAUACAAAUUUGACUGAAGUCUGCUAUUCUAUAGUGGCAAAUGUGCAGCACAAAAAUGGAAUAGUUACACAGGAGGGUUUGACUUUAUCCGCUUCGUGCCCUGUUUUGUGUUCUGUUACGUUGUGGAAUCCAAAAGGUCAUUUUGAAGUUCCGUAGCAUUUUUGCGAGUGCUCUUGAUUUACAAAACUUUUUUGGGGUCGUUGGCAUAAUGGGGCAUUUGGUGUUUCCAGUUGGGCAAACCCCUCUCCACUUCCCCCCUUUUUUCUGUUUUUGUUUCCAAGAAAACUAGGGAUCAACAAUUACUCACGUCUGCAGCAGGUGAGAAAACUAAUUCAGUUCUAUAUAAAAAUACAGAUCUAUAAAAAAGGGAUCGAUCAAUAUUGCUGUUCUGCACUCUUCAUCAGCCAAAGAUGGCUGGUCAAUACUAAUGACGGCUCUGUUUUUCUUUUGCUUUUCAAAUCUUGAGUUCUGUUUAUUGAAUGAAGUUCUCAGUACAGCAGAUAUAAAUGUAUAAGCUGAGACUCGACUGGUAUGGCAACAUUUUUUUAAAAAAAACACAAAUAUUGGUCGGUCCCUAAUUUAAAAAAAAGGACUUUGUCCAGUAUUUUCCUGAUUUAAAAAUUAGGAACAAAAUUUUUUUUAAAAAAUCCAAAAUGUUCUAGAAACCAAGUGCAAUAUUUAAUGUUUUUUGUAGUUUUUUUUUCCUGACUGUACAGAAUUUUUUUAGUUGGUGCUGUAAUUAUAUUUGUAGAUUUUGUUAAGGAGACAAAGAUCUAUGUUCUGUAUGGUUUAAUUUUUGUUUUAGCUCUUCGUGUAAAAUUAAAAUGUUUUGC